AUGUCACGUUUCCAUGUCAUCUUUACCCUUCCGCUCCUUUGUAUUUUGAUAUCCUCUGCUGGGGCAGACCGUAAAUUGACGGUUAACAACGCGUGUUCGGACACACUAUGGCCGGCAGUCACGAGCUACACUACUCUUUCAAGCUCUUCUUCCUUCUCGAAUAUCGGGUGGCAGGCAGACUCCAAUACGUCAUUUAGCAUCGCUCUGCCUGACCAGUGGUCGGGCCGCAUAUGGGCAAGGCAAAGCUGCGAUUCUUCCGGUGCAAACUGUGCCGUUGGUGACUGUGGUGAUAUGAACUGCACGAGUGGUGUCGGUGGGACCGCUGCUACCUUGAUGGAGUUCUCCCUGGCCGGUAGCGGAGGCGAGGAUUUCUACGACAUAUCUCUUGUCGAUGGAGCCAACGUACCUGUAGAGAUCAAGACCAGUACCGCGUGUCCUAGUGUUGACUGCUCAGCAAACUUUACGGUGAACUGCCCUUCAGAAUUGCGUGGCCCAGUACAAAAUGGCAAAGUUUUGUCUUGUCUAGGUCCUUGUUUAAACCAAACCACGGCUUCAACUGACUGCACAUACGAGGAAUACUAUAAUUGGUACCACCAAUACUGUCCCUCGACAUAUGUAUCGCCCUACGACGAGGACUCCGGAGCCUUACAGAGUAAUCUCACCUGUCCCGGAGGCCAAACAGCGGAUUACACUCUGACCUUUUGCCCUAUCGGUUGGAUCCUCGCUGCUGCACCUGGCGAAUCAAAUUCCACCACCUCAUCAUCGUCCGCUUCUGCGACAUCAUCCGCAUCUUUUGCCUCAGGGUCUUCUACGCCGGUAGCUACGAACGACUCAAAUACUCUGUCCGGUGGUACCAUCGGGGGCAUAGUCGUCGGCUGUGUCGUCGGCGCCGUUGGUCUAGGGGCGCUUCUUUUCUGGCUACGACGCCAGCGAAAACGAAAAGAAUAUGCCGCAGUAGACCUAUCCGCCAAAAACACACGCCACAAACCUCCAGAACUCAUCGUUGAGCCGUUUAUGGGAGAAGAUCGUCACCUUUCCCCGCACCAUAGCUCUGGCCCAGGCACACGAGACUCGAGCACAUUAGUCCCAGUAGGCGCAAUGAGCAAACGAGAUAUGCUGGCCCGCGAGCAGGAGACGAUGAGGGAACGUGGUUCUAGCGGUUUACUCUCAGAAGGGCUUGCCUCGGCUUCUUCAUCGCAUUCACGUUCGGACCCUUCAGCAAUCCCACCGCCACCGUCCUCCGCGGUCGAAUCUCUUGGGCCACCGCCACUAGAGGAACGGGGGCACAGCAACAUAGACAUUGAGCAACUGUUCGAAGACCGGGACCCUGUCUUCGAGAACCAACUCCUCAAUUUCCUGCAACAGAGGAUGGAUAGACCUGGUCCCGGUGGGAUGAGCGCUGUGGACCGGUUGAGGUGGCAAGAGGAGAGGGCAAGAGGGCCUGACGAAGCGUCGUCGGAGGCAGGCACUGACUUGCCGAGAUACCCUGGUAAUUGAACUGGCCGCUGGUCGGCUGUGCGCUCUUUGCUUUGUUCCAUGAUUUAUUGCCCAGAUACCCUUCGUAUAACACGAUUUACUUGCUCUGCUUCUCCGAGCACUCCCUAUAGUAUGCCGGCAUAGCAAUGGACGGUCUAUAAUGGAAUUCACCGUGCUAUCG